CGCCCCUGAUUAAUCUGGUUUUGAUAAUCUACUGCCAUAAUCUUAGAGCGCCGUGGUUGAUCAGAUCGUCGUCUAAAACGGGUUGGAUUUUAAAAUCAUUUGAUGGCAUAUUUUUAUAAAGCAUCGAGGCUUUAUCAUAACAUACUGUGACAUAAAAUGCUUGAACUUUAUUCUUUAUACUUUUAACUUGUGUCUCUUUACUUUACAGGCUUUAUAUGUAGUUUACAACAUAUGAACAACGCAUUUUGAUUUUGAUCUCAACUUACUUUUUCUUAAAGCAACAAAGAUCGAAACAUCAGAAGGUUGUAUAAAAAAUAUUUUGUAACAGUUAGAACCAGAUGUAUACAAAACACCAUAUGCAACACUCAACAGAAUAAAUAAAUGAAUAAAUACAUUUGUAAGGGUGGAGUGGGGUGGAUCAUAAGGUUUAAACCCUCAUCACUCUCUCUCAUCGUUAACACAAUUUCACCCUAAAUUUCUUUACAACCAUUUGUAGGCUAAACAACCAUGACAUAUUUGCGUCAGAAGGAUGUGCAUAAUUUAUCUAGAGUUAUAUAAUUGUGGGACUAGUCAACAGUAUAUGCCUAUAUUGCAUUUACAAUGUGGCAUUUUUAACCUCCAUAGAUUUGAUCAUGAUCCAUAAUAUUAUAAUAUUAUAAUUAUAAAACCCGAAUAAUAAUAUAGGCCUUACAAUUAAUAGAUGACAGGCAAAACAAGAACCAAGAAGGAUGGGGAAGUAGAUUACAAUUAAGGUUCUAUUAGGGUUUUUAAUUAGUCUUAUAUUUUUGCCGAUGAGCGAAUGUAUCGACGCUUAUUAUGAAACAUAUGAGUAGGCCAAAGAUAGAGAAAAUUUUAGGGGCCUCAACAAAAUUGGAUUUUUGCUUAAAAAUGAAAUGAAAAAAUAAAUGCAUAAAAAUGCAUUGAAAGGGGUUUAAUGUUGGAAGACGGACUUCUAUUCUUUACGGCGUUUACUUUGAACGUUUUACCAAAAAUAAAAUGCAAACGUAAUGCAAUGUGAUAACCUGGCCCAUCCUAUCAGUGCUAAAAGUGCUCUUAACGGUCUCUGAUUACUGUCUGAUGGGCCUAAGGUUUUCCGUGUUAAUUUCAGUUUUUAUUGAACGAAUGAGGUCCAUUGUUUUUAUUGGGAAAUAUAGCACCAUGCUUGUCCUUUAAAAUAAAGUAAAACGAAAUGAGAACGGGAACAUCAUUCACCACGCACAUGCUUGAGAGCGCUUGUGGCUCGCGGGAGGUAGUAGGUAUGUUUUUAUUUUACUGUACUUUAGUACCGAAAGAGCUCCGAUAUGUUCAUUUCCGGUACAAUGGCGAAACUCAAAUUCUUUGUUGAUACCUCAAAGAAUGCGAGUUCUUAAAUUAAUGGAGGAAAAUGGAAGGUAGCUACUUCCAUGUAAUAUACAACUUUGACACAACAGAGAGGGGAGAGAUUUCCCUUAGGCCAGGGGACAUAGUUAAAGUGAUACAGAAAGUUGAUGACAACUGGCUGAGAGGAGAGAUUGGUGACAGGCAGGGCAAUUUUCCAUCCAGCUUUGUAGAACCUGUCACCAUCCCACAGUGCAAUGAUGGCCAGAAAGUGUUUGCUGCAGUGGAGAACUUUGCUGCAGAGACAGGAGGGGAUUUGCCUCUGGAAAGAGGUGACAUAAUCUUAGGUCUGAGACAAAUAGACAGUAAUUGGUGGGAGGGCCAGGUCAAAAACUUGACUGGAAUCUUCCCUCUGACACAUGUUAGACUUUUAGAUAUAAGACCAACUCUCCGACGAAAAUCAACAGGUGCUCCACCUGAUGGGGAAACAGGAAAGGAUUUAAUUGGAAAAGCCAAAGCUCUUAUGGACCUUACAGCUCAAAUAGACGAUGAAUUGAGUUUUCAGACUGGUGACAUCAUAAAUAUCACAAAAAUUUUAGAUGAGGAUUUUUGUAUGGGAGAAUGCAAUGGUGAUGUGGGGAUGUUUCCAUUAGCCUUUGUGGAGGUGAUUGAAAAAUAUGGAAGUGCUUUGGAUUCCCUUCCUGUGGAAGAAAAAUCUUACGUUCCAAGAUGUGGUCAAAAUAGGACAGCAUCUUUUACCAGCGAAAAUACAAAAUCCCACGACACAAGCAUAACAGCUUAUGCAAAAACGCUAUACCCUUUCAAAGCUGAGAGAAAAAAUGAGUUGACAUUUAAAGAAAAUGAGAUUGUAGAAUUACUUCAACAUGUGGAUGAGGACUGGAUAGAAGGGGUGAUAGAUAAUAACAUUGGGGUUUUUCCAGCCAGUUAUGUGGAGAUUAUAGUGGAUUGUCCAUGGGCAGCUGAAUCUUACCAAAGCACUGUAUCUAAAACUGACAAGGCAGAGGUUGUGGUUUCUUCCUCGCAGCCAGCCACUGACAUCAAUGACAAUACAUCAAAAGGCAAUUUUGAGCCAGUAACCCCAGUUGGAAGUGUACCUAAAUACACACCCCCAACUGAACAUGUACCUGAAUAUACGGCCCAAACUGAAAAGGAACCUGAAAUUACAUGGUCGGUCAAAAAUGCGCCUGUAAAUGAUUCUUCUUCUGGAAGUGUGCCUUCGUCUGUAAGUUUGCCUUCAUCUGGGAGUGUACCCUCUUCAACAGACAACCCUGAACAUCAUGAGGAUGUCUAUGGAUUAGUCAAGUAUGAUUUCAAAGCAGAGUCAGAAAAUGACCUCGAUUUACGGGAAGGGGACACAGUGACAGUGCUACGGAAAGUGGAUGGGAAUUGGUUUGAGGCUAGACAUGAUAAUGGUCACACGGGCUUUUGCCCCAUCAACUUUAUAGAACUUAUUGGCCCUGAACCUGAGUGGCUAUCAAACUCAGGGAUUCAGUCAGCACCUAUUUCUAAUGGUUUUAAAGUAGAGAAUGAUACAAAGACAAAUAUUUCUGGCCAAUCUCAAGAGAAAGUUGAAGCUCCUUUGUCCAAAAAGCCUCCGAUAAAAACCAAACCAGAAAUCUUGAGGCCCAAGCCUGUCCUUGCACCAAAGCCUUUCUUGAAAUCAACUGUGACCUCUGUUCGCUCAGUGACCCCACCUCAAAAAGUAUUUGAAUCAAAAGACAUAGCCAUAGACUCAAGUUUAGAUGACAUUGUUAAAAAUCAAAUGAAAAAAGCCAAAGAUGAAGUGGAGUCAAGGUCAAGAAGCAGCAGCUCUCUCAGUAACACAAGCAACCAUUCUAGAGAUUCAGCAGGAUCAGGGGAAUACACCACAAAUGGAUUAACUAGUAACAUUCAAUCUGCCUCUGUGGCUCAGCAGAGUAGUGACUUAGAAAAUGAAACGCUUAAUCAGCAGAGAAAAGCAUCUGUGAAGAGAGGCCCCCCGCCGAGACCUACUGGUCCACGACUUGCUGCUGCUCCAUCUAGGCAGCCAUUAGAGCCACUGCGGAUAGAAGGAAAUGUAAGGACUGUCCCCGCCCGACCUGCUCCCUUGAGACCUUCAACAUCGCCAGUUAAACUCACAGCCCCUCCUUUACAGGCCCCACCUCGACCUCAGCCCCCUCAAACAAUCACCCCUAAGUCCCCUCCAAAGAGACCACAACAGCCAGUGGUCAACUCUGCUCUGGAUGAUUUGACUGACUUUAUAGGAUUCAGUCCAAAUACUUCAAUAACAGAUGUAGGUGACCAUGAUGAGGAUGACAAGGAAGCACUGGUGGCAGAUUUGCAAAGCAGAAUGGCAGAGAUACAGAAAGAUAUUGAGCAAUAUACCAAAACAAAGAAAGAACUGCAGCAGAAGUACAGGGCAGCCCAGACAGACCUGGAGAGGCCUGCCAUUGAGGAGGACAUUGAGGACUGUAAUGCCAACAUCAGAGGACUCACAGCUGAGGUCAACUCUCUCAGAGAAAACAUCCAGCGUCUUCACCCAGACUGGGUUGACCCAGCUCUGGAAGCACAGAGGAUGGAAGAAGAAGAGCAGAGAAGGAAGGAGGAGGAGAGGAGGUUAUAUGAAGAAAAUAAACAGAAAAUGAAAGAAAAAAGAUGCAAUGUUAUCCAAGAACUUUUACAGACAGAGAAGGCAUAUUUGAAAGACCUCCAGCUGUGUGUAGAGGCAUUUCUCAGUCCUGCCUCAGAAAAGAUGAAGGAUGUUGACAUGGAAACAUUAUUUGGGAACAUAGAAGAAGUAGCGAAUCUCUCCCAGAGAAUGCUGAGUCAGCUGGAGAGAGCUGUGAAUGGCAAAGAGUUCUAUGAGCAAGUUUUAGGGAACUGUUUUGUCCAAAUAGCAGAAGACAUGAAGCAUGUGUAUGCUUUGUAUUGCAGGAACCAUGAUGAUGUGCUUGCUCUCUUAGAAAAGUGUGAGUCACAGCAAGAUAUUCAGGAUUACUUCAACCGUGGCUUGGAGAAAGUCCGUCAGCAUACCACUGUGUUUGACUUGGGCUCUUUACUGAUCAAACCUGUUCAGAGAAUACUCAAAUAUCCUCUACUGCUCAAUGAACUUUUAAAGUCCACAGAGGAUUCUCACCCAGACAAGUUUCCAUUGCUGACUGCUAUCAAUGCUAUGACUGAUGUGGCCACAGCUAUCAAUGAGUACAAGAGGAGGAAAGAUUUAGUUUACAAAUAUAGAAAAGAAGCUGACAGCAAAUUAAGCGAUAAGAUAUCAAGACUCUCAAUACAUUCCAUCAUGAAAAAAUCCAACAGACUUAGCAUGAAGUUAACCUCAAAUUUGGGACUUAGUUCACAGACAAAGGACCAGCAGUUCAAUAAAGAAGAGAUCAGAUUUAGAAACUUAGAAAAGGCCAUCAAGCUGUUUGUGAGGAACGUGGGACAGUACAUAGACCAGAUACAGGAAAGUGUGGGUUGUCAGGAAACAAUGGCAGAGGACAUAUCAGAUUUGUAUGCAGAGAACAACUCAUGUCAGGAGGUUCAGCAGUACAGGGCAGCAUUCAGGAUGCUGGGAGAUGAGAGUAUAUUCACUUUUAAAUCUCAUGUUGAGAGGCGAGUGACCAUCCCUUUGAACAAACUACUGUCCAUGUUCCACGGUCCGCUGAACGUGAUACAGAAGAGAGAUGACAAGUUACUGGACUACGAUAGCUGGGCAGCCAAGGUCAAAAGUACAAAGGAUCAGGAUAGAUUAAAAAUGAGCAAAGACCAACUACAAAAAGCAAAGAACAACUAUGAGGCACUGAAUGCUCAAUUACUGGAUGAACUUCCCAAGUUAUCCAAUAUGUCCUUACAGUUGUUCAACGAGUGCAUAGGAAGCUUUGUGCAGGCUCACAAAGUCUUCAUUGAAGGAACCCUACGUCACAUGUAUCCACUUAUGGAGCUUCCCAUAAUGAAUGGCACGGGUGGUGAGAAUGUUCUGGGAAUGUUCAAUCAAGCGCAUGUGGAAGUGGUGGAUCAGUUGGCAGAUCUCAGUUUUGUACCUAAGGGAUUCAGCUCAAGAAAAGACAGCAAACCUGAUGUGAAACUAAAAAGGCUUCCGUCUGAUUCCAAGUUUUAUCAAGAGUUACCUGCAGUGAGCAGUCAGACAGAGAGUCAGAGGAUGUCAGUGAGGCAGCAGUACCCCUCAGAUAAACUGUACACCGUGACCCAGACACAGAGCAGCCGAGAUGCCAUGUCCAUCAGCCUGGCCGAGGGAGACAUUGUGGGGGUCAUCAAGGAACAGGAUCCCAUGGGGAAUAAGGACAAGUGGUUUGUGGAUAAUGGAGCCAUAAAGGGAUUUGUACCAAGCAACAGCCUGGCACCAUUUGCGUCUUCCUCCCCUUACCCAUCCCCUGAGAGACCCAGGGCCUCCACCCCAUCUUUCCCCACAGAUCUUAUGGAACUGAGUCCAACACAACCCAGUAUGAAGAGACAGGAAAGUGAGGACUUCCUUAGUGAACUUGAUAAAUUCAGUGAUAUGUAUGAACAAUAUGAAAAAGAGCAUGAAGCUCAAGGAUAUGAAGGAUAUACAAAUCCAACACUAUCUGCACAGGUACCUCAGUAUUACUAUGCCCAGUACCAGUUUGAAGCCAGAAACAGCAAUGAGAUCAGCCUGAGAGAGGGCCAGCCGGUCACAGUGUUACAGAAGUAUGAUGAACAAGGCAACCCAGACUGGUGGAUGGUGGACAUUGACGGUGUACAGGGUUACGCCCCUGCUAAUUACCUUUAUACAUCCCAGCCUUCAUGAUGAAAGCAUAUGUGCUGGUACAGUGUAUAUAUGCACAUGCAAAUAAACAUAAACAUACAAAAUUGCAUCCUCAAAAUGCACAAACAUACAGACAGAAAAUUAUAAUUUCUGUAAGCCCUAUCAUAUAGGGCAUGAAUUGUUUUGCUUUGGAUAGUCCAGAUUUGUACUGGAUUUAACCAGUAGUUCACCAAUUAACAUGGAAUCAAAGAUGUGUAUGCUUUCAUGGCAGAUUUAGCUGUGCUGCUCUUUCAUCUGCACAAGUUAUUGCAGUCAAGUUGCUCUUCUGGUGCCUGAACAAGAUUUUGUUUGAUGCUGCAUGCUCUGAAGCAUAUCUUUUUUUAAUAGGUUUUAGUUUAUUCUAUGUGCCAGUUUAUCCCAGAAUUACAAUGGAUUGUAGAAAUUGGAGACUCCAAAAACAAAUUUAGGUAGUAUCUUUUUUGUUUUUUAAGCUCAGAUGAAUGAGCAGUGUGUUUUAAUUUUUGGCAGACAAUGCAUGUCCACAGCAGUUUGUGGUACAACUUGAAGAGAAUUAUAUGUCAUUUCAUGUUUGGAAUCAUUGUUCAAUGGACAUGUAGUGUAGGUGACUGCAUUUUAUUCCUUGAUGCAUUGUAAAAUAAAGUACUUUUUUGCUUACGAAUAUAGACUGGUCAUAAACGAGUACAUUUGACUCAGAGAUGUACUUCUUUAUAAAUGUGCUGAUAAACACUGAGAGUUUUAUUUAAGUAUUCUUUCAAAGUUGAGCCUUUUGUGUACCACUUAAAGAUCAUUUUAACAGAGUUAAAACCGUAACUACGAAGUAAAUAAUAAUAAAAUGAACAUGUUUAGCAUCACUUUCAAUUUAAAAUUAACUGGUGAUAAGGUACAGGAAAGUGUUUACUAUCAGCACAAUCUUCAGUGGCAAACAUACAAUUGUGAUAUUUCAGCGCAUGUGAUGUAAUGCUUCUUGCAUUGCUUCAUAUCAUAUAAUUACAUAUCUAUGCACAGUACACAGUAUAUUACUUUUUUUUUCUGAACAUUGAAGCUGGUAUAUACAUGUAUAUAUAUAUAAGCAAAACUUACACAUUUUACCAAAGUGCAUUAAGUUCUUUUUCAGUGUAACCAUGGUCUGCAGCAGGGUAGUUUUAAUGUUUUACCAGUUGUCUUCAAAAAAAAAGUUUCUGUUUUUAUAAAAUGCACUUUUCAAGUCACUGAUAUUGAUUUAAAAUAAAUAGAAAUGGAUAUUUCAUAAUAUUCAUAGCCAGAUAGCUUACAGAUGUAGAGAAAUGGUGUAAUUCAUUUUUAUAGGGUGUUAAAAAGCAUGCCCUUUUAUCAAUUUUAAUUUAUUGUAAACAUGUUUUAUGAUAGCAUAUUGGCCUUAUUGACAUAAACAUUGCAAGGAAAACUAGUGCCUUUUGUUAGUUCCCAUUUGUUGGAGCCGUGGACAUCAGGAAAUGUUUCAAACAUAAAAUAUUUUAAUUUAAUAUUGUGGCUUGAUUAACAAAUUUUACUUUGCAAGUUGUUAGUUAUCCUUUUCAUGUGUUGUAUUUGGUGCCCCUGUGAAUGUAUGAUUCUGCCCACCUGAUGUAUAAUAUUGCAAGCUCAGAUAAUGAUCCAUUUUUUUGGAAAUGGAUUUGUUAUACAACAGAAGUGAUAAGAAAGGAUGAACUUUUUAGUGUUGUUUUUUUUGCUGCAGUUAUCACAGUUAUAGAAAGGAGCCAGAAUACCAUUCAUUUAUGAAUGGAGAAAUAAAUGUGCAUAUUUCUCUUA